GGAUUUUCUAUUAAAAUACAACAACAAUAACAAAAAAAAAUAAAUAUAUGAGAAAUCUAAAUAAAUUUUGAUUUGGAAAAGAAUUUGAAAACGAACCGAAAAUAUAUUCACACAAGAUUUGAAACGUGGUGUCCAAAAUGGCCACAUCUCCCACACCAUCAUUAGACUCCAUACGUGGUACAAAUUCCAUUGAAUCCUAUAUUGAACAUAAUGGUUAUCUAUCCGAUUCACCACUCACAUUAAGCGGUUCCUCGCCACCGGUCAGUGACUCAGCCAUUUGCGAUGAUUUUACAAAUGUUGUAGGACAAACUGUUGUGGGACAACAUCCGAUUUCAGCAUCAGUAUCAUCCUCCGCUUCAAGCACAUCAUCAGCGUCAUCCUCUUCAUCGUCGUCCUCGUCGUCGAGUAGUGGUUUAAGUGGUUGUGGCAGUACAUCUAGCAGCGCCUCGAGUACAACAUCCAAUACGGGUGGAGGAGGCGGCGGAGGAGGGGUAGGUGGUCCCGGUGUUAUAGGCAGUGGUAAGGGUAGUCCCUGUAAUACAUUGUUGGGCACAUCGGCAAACGGCAAUGUCAUAAACGUGACCACAGCGAAUGGUACUAGUGCAGCACCACGUUGUACCGCCUGCAAAAGCAAACAAUCCGAUGCUGUGGCCAAGUGCUUCAAUUGUGUAAGUUUUUUGUGCGGCAAUUGUUGUACAGCUCACGAAUUUAUGCAUUGUUUCAAUGGACACAAUGUUUGUUUGAUUAAGGGUUUCGAAACUGGCACCACAACACAUCCCGGCAGCAAUUCACAAAUGAGCAGUAAUCCCAUGGAUUUUAAAUUCUCCAGUUCUUUAACCAUGAUGUUGCAACAACAGCAACAACAUCAGCAACAACAACAACAGCAGCAACAUCAUCAGCAACAACAGCAGUCACAGCAACAGAUGCAAAAGGCUCCCACACAACAGCCUCUAUCACAAUUGUCAAAGAUUGUGUUGAGUUCAGCCGCCGCAGCGGCUGCAGCAGCAGCAGCUGCCUCUUCAUUUAGCAAUGAUUUGAAUUCCAACGAUUCCUCGAUUAUGGGCCAGGAAGAUAUCUUCGCAAGUAUGCUGCCCUCUAGCAUGCGUUCAACACAACAAUUAAUGCCAGCUUCAAUGAGCCAACAACAAAUGCAGCCACAACAGCAGCCCUUGUAUUGUCAGCGUCACAAGAACGAGAUCUUAAAGUUCAGCUGUCGUACAUGCUGUACUUUGGUUUGCAAGGAAUGUGUAAUUUUGGAACACUCCUCGGGCUUGCAUGAAGUCGAACAUGUGCAAGAAAACGGCUUAGGCUCUCUGAACAACCUAGCCGGCCAAUCCACACCCGAAACAGUAUUGCAAACUGUUUUGGCCGAUUUGCGUGGCAAAGUAGGCGAUAUUGUCUCUAUGGUAGGCAGCCAACAAAUACCCGGAGAUAAUCAGAUCCUUAACGGUUCCAAAAUUAAAAUGCAGUAUCAAAAAGCCCACAAUGAGGUCAACGAAACCUAUCAGUUCUUCUGCUCCAUGCUGGAUGAGAGAAAACAAGAGUUACUUAAAGAAUUGGAGAGUCUAUACAAUGCCAAGAUGAACACCCACUCGGCCUGGAUACAAAGAUCCAAGGAGUUAAUUGACAAGACUCUACAGAGUUGUGAUGCUAUCGAAAGAUCACCCAAGGCUCACUCCAUUACCGAGGUGUUAAUGUUGCGCAAAACAUUGGAAUUACAAUUGCAGGCAGCUAUGCAGGAAUUACAAAUGAACUUCGAACUGGAGUUCAUGUCAAAUUAUCAAUCCAUACAGGCUGGAGUACGCAAUACUUUUGGCUACAUCAGAGCCUCAGCUGGUGACAUGGUACAGCAACAGGUCAAACAACCACCCAUUGCCCGGCCCUCACAGUCCACUUCAUCGUCGUCUUCACAUGGUGGCGGCUCUUCUAACAGCAGUGUUACUGGAGGUUCUCAUUUGCCCGGUGGUUUAGGUCUGUCGGCCAAUCUUUUGGAAUCUUCUUAUUCGAAUAGCUUAUUGAGCAAUAGAGCCAAUGUUUUGCAAGCCAACCACAACAGCGGCACCACAUUCGAGGACUUGAUGGCCAAACGUUUCAAUGCGGCCAAUUCCAAUAACAACACCCCCUUUGUGGGAGUACCGGUUAACAAUCCCUAUGAAAAGUGGAGUAACGGUGGCAGUGACAACUUGUUCUCUGCUGCACAAGAUCCCUUCUCCUCCAAUCAAAUGAUAACAAAUGGUUUGACCGCCAACUCAAAUUGUACCACCGUAGCUACCAGCAAUGCAGGCUUAGCAGCCACUACUUUGGCUACUCUUAACAUGACUAAUGGCAGUGGUUGCUCCAGUUCUGAUUCUAUAAUGGACUUGACUUCCAAAUUGCUUUCGGCCACCAUCUAUCCACCUAAAUCGCAGAUAAAAAGACAAAAGAUGAUCUAUCAUUGCAAAUUUGGAGAGUUUGGCGUCAUGGAGGGCCAAUUCACCGAACCCAGUGGUGUAGCUGUCAAUGCUCAAAACGACAUCAUAGUGGCAGAUACCAACAACCAUCGCAUACAAAUCUUCGACAAAGAGGGACGUUUCAAAUUCCAGUUUGGCGAAUGCGGCAAACGAGAUUCGCAACUGUUGUAUCCCAAUCGUGUGGCUGUAGUACGUAACUCUGGCGACAUCAUUGUAACCGAACGCUCGCCCACACACCAAAUACAGAUCUACAACCAGUACGGCCAGUUUGUGCGUAAAUUUGGUGCAAAUAUCUUACAACAUCCUCGCGGUGUUACCGUCGACAACAAGGGCCGCAUUAUUGUGGUUGAAUGCAAGGUUAUGCGUGUCAUUAUCUUUGAUCAAAACGGCAAUGUUUUGCACAAGUUCGGCUGCUCCAAGCACUUGGAAUUCCCCAACGGUGUGGUGGUCAACGACAAACAAGAGAUUUUCAUCAGUGACAAUCGUGCCCACUGCGUCAAGGUGUUCAACUACGAGGGCCAGUAUCUAAGACAAAUUGGUGGCGAAGGCGUUACCAAUUAUCCCAUUGGUGUGGGCAUCAAUACAAAUGGUGAAAUUCUAAUUGCUGACAAUCAUAACAACUUCAAUUUGACCAUAUUCACCCAAGACGGACAACUGGUAUCGGCCUUGGAAUCUAAAGUCAAACAUGCUCAAUGCUUCGAUGUGGCUCUAAUGGAUGACGGCAGUGUUGUUUUGGCCAGCAAAGAUUAUCGUCUCUACAUCUAUCGUUAUGUGCAAGUGCCACCCAUUGGUUUGUAAACAUGAUUUCUUUAUUUUUUUAUUUAUAUAGAAACAUAUAAAUUAUAUCUAAACGUCGUACACUUAUUAUUAUUAUUAUUACUACUAUUAUUAUUAUUUUUUGUUUUUGUAAGUUAUAAAAAAAUGCAUUUUUAUUAUUACUAUUACUACAUAUAUUAGUUUUUGAUAAUGUUAUUUAUUAUUUUUUAGUUUGAACAUUUUAAAACACAAACAAAAUAAGGUAAUUUGAAAAAAAAAUAUGAUGUUAAUUCAAAACCCCUUUAAGAUUUUCAUAGAAACUUGUGAAAAAUCCUUAAAAAAAACGACUGAGCUUUGUUAAAUUUUUGUUGAAGAAAGAAAAUGUUCUUAAAAAAAAAGAGUAACAAAUUUAGAAAAAAGCUCUUUCUAAGCUAUACUUAAAAAAUAAGUUCUUAAAUGCU